CGCCGCCCCCGAACCGCGGGCGCGAGUGGUACCUUCCAGCCGAGGACUAUCUCGCGGCCAAAUGAAGGAGCGCUGGCAAGCUGCUGCUGCCGCUGCCCAAGGUAGCCUCCAGAGCAGCAGCAGCCGCCGCCGCCGAGGAAGGAGGAGAGACCAGCAGCUGCUGCUGCUUCCUCCGCCGGCGCCAACGCCGCCAGCUGAGCUAGCCGGCCGGUCUUGGCGCCGCCGCCGCUCCUCGCGCGCUCCUGAGGCUCCUCAGCCUCCCAACUCUCGACGUGGGAGCCCGGCCGGUUCCUUUCCCGUUCCCUCUCCUCCUCUCGCCGCCUCGCCAUCGCCUCACUCGCCGGGACAAAGCCAUGAAGCCGGCGCUGCUGGAAGUGAUGAGGAUGAACCGCGUUUGCCGGAUGGUGCUGGUCACUUGCCUGGGCUCCUUCGCGCUCGUCAUCUUCUAUUUCCAAAGUAUGUUGCACCCAGAAAGAAAAUUGAAGCAUCUUACAACAAUCAAACAGACAUUAAUACGUAGGAAUCCAUUUGGAAUGGACAUCUGCUGCCGGAAGGGGUCGAGGAGCCCAUUGCAGGAACUGUACAAUCCAACCCAGUGGCUGAAGAUGGAUGGAUUCCAGCAGGUGGCUGCUUUGUGAGGUUUGCAGAUAUUUUUAUGACAACAUUUCUCUUCGUGCACUACC